UGUAAAAAAAAAAAGGGCAUCUUCCUCUGUUUUCUCGCUCUCUCUCUCUCUCUCUUUCUCUCUUCCUCUCUGCCUGCCCCUCUGUUAUAUAAUAAAUCUUCAUGUCCAGUAAUACCAUUCAUAGACGACAGCGGCGGCAUUCUGCGGGGGAUGCCAUUCUGUCACAUCAUGCAGCGAGUCGGCAUCCGAGUGAAGUAGACGCGGCUGAUGAGGUAAACGACGACUCUCUUGAGCUUAUUGGACACUCUUUGUUCCCUCAUUGUGCAGGCUGUUGACAAAGAAGGAUCAUUGUUUAGCCACCACCCUAUACAGAGUUCGCUGAAGAAGAUCGUGACGGUCGACCGAAAAAGCGGCGGCGACGAUGGUCCUUUACGGCUCUGAUGAAGCGGAUCAAGCCAAAAUUAAUAUCUCGCGCACAAUUCAGUCAUAGCAGCAGCACACGAUCUAUACGCACUGUGUUUGCCACGUCUCCCACCGGCGAUGUUCUAGACGAGCAGCAGCAACAAGAUAUCCUACAUCAGCUCAGAACCAUGGACGAGCGCACGAGUCGACGCGGAGGAAUCAUAGCUGGCAGUAGUACAGGUAGCAGUAGCGCGGGGUUGCGAUUACGUGGUGGUCAUCAUCAUCAAAGGCAACGACAACGACAUUGUAGCAACAGCUUUCAUCGGUCGUCAACAGUAGCAGUAGCAGCAGCAACGACGACAACAACAACAGACGAGGAAGCAGCGACACGUGUAGCUGCACUUGGCCAUAUUUGGGUAUUUCGUCGUUUGGAAGAACAAGAUCGGUUUGACAAUGACAUGCCAGCGGUGUGGACGACGUUUGACUAUGCCAACCAGAUGACACUGAUGAACGAGCAGGAUUCGGACAAAGGGAUAGAGAUUUUUGAUUCGCAUGUGCGGCAGGGCCAGUUACCGGUCUUGGUGGUUCCAAGGCGCCAGCGUGGCUAUUUCCCUCUGGAUAGAACAGGCGAUGCGAUUGUUACGUUGGAAAUCGCUUGUUUACCAAACACAAGCGACGUCCAAUUUGUUUUGCGACAUUAUUCUCCACCCUAAAAAUUACACCGCAAUAAUAUACAUGGUGCAUACAUAUAUAAGCCCUUUUUCUUUUCCUAUUUUGCACAACAACAACAACUAUACCGUCAGAAGAAAGGGGAAAAAAAUGAUAUUGUUGGCGUUGGAUAUUCGUCAAGUCUUGGACCAAUCUGACGAGGUGAGGGGAGGGGAGAGAAAGAUCGCGUUAUUGAAUUAAAAAAGAUGGGACGUAAAAAAGUAAUUCCAAGAAAAAAAAAAAAAAAAAAAAAA